AUGUCCUUAAGAACUAUAAUGGGUACAAUUACUCCAAAAUUAUCAACUGCAACUCGUGGUCUUGCAACUCAAGCUAUUCCUAAAACUCAAAAAGCUGUCAUUUUUUAUGAACAUGGAGGUCCACUUCAUUAUCAAGAUGUUCCAGUGCCAACACCAGGUCCAAAUGAUAUUCUUGUGAACAUCAAAUACACUGGUGUUUGUAAUUCAGAUUAUCAUGCUUGGAAAGGUGAUUUAGAUAAAAAACCAAUGUUACCAUUGAUUGUGGGUCAUGAAGGUGCAGGUGUUGUUGUUGCCAAAGGUGAUAAUGUUAAAAAUUUCCAAAUUGGUGAUUAUGCAGGUAUAAAAUGGUUAAAUUCAACUUGUAAUUCUUGUGAUUUUUGUGAAGAAUCAAAUGAAGCAAAUUGUCCAGAGCAAAAAAAUUCCGGUUAUAGUGUUCAAGGUACUUUCCAACAAUAUUGUAUCGGUGAUGCUACACAAGCUGCUAAAAUUCCUCAAGGUACUGAUUUAUCAAAAGUUGCUCCUAUUUUAUGUGCUGGAUUAACUGCUUAUAACGCUUUGAAACAUGCAAAUAUAAAAACCGGUCAAUGGGUUACAAUCAUUGGUGCAGGUGGUGGUCUUGGUUCAUUAGCUGUUCAAUAUGCUCAAGUUAUGGGAUUUAAAAUCUUGGGAAUUGAUGGUCCAAAUAAAGAAGAAUUCGUUUUAAGUAAAGGUGCUGAUGCCUUUAUUGAUUUUAGUAAAGUCACUGAUACCGGUGAAGCUGUAAGAGAAAUUACUGGUAAAGAUGGACCUCAUGCUGUUAUCAAUUUUUCAAAUUCAUUGAAAGCAUAUAACGAUUCUGUUGAAUAUGUCAGAGCUACAGGAACUGUCGUUUUAGUUGGAUUCCCUGGUGAUAAUGCAGCAUUGAGCUCAAAUAUUUAUUCACAUAUUAACAGAGCUAUUAAUAUCAAAGGAUCAGUCGUUGGGAACAGAGCUGAUACAAGAGAAGCCAUUGAUUUUUUCGUUAGAGGUAAGGUGGAAAUUCCUGUAAAGAUAGCUGGUUUAUCUGAAGCCUCCAAUGUGUUCAAAAAGAUGGAAGAAGGUCAAAUUUUGGGACGUUAUGUUCUUGACACUUCAUACUAGGGGGUCAUAGAACGUAUAUGAUAUUAAACUCUUAAUAGUAUGAAAAAAAAAACAUUUGUAGAAACCAUUGUAAUUUUCUCUAUAUUAAUGUGGCCCAAACCAAAAAAUUUGGUAAAAAGAAAG